AGUAAUUACGUCAGUACCAGAAGCAGAAAGAAGAGAAGAGAAGUGCAAGUGCAUUCAAUCAUGGCUUUUGCAAGAUUACAUUCUCGUAUAUUUGCGAGACAAUUUGCAUCUGCAGCAGAUAAUCAUGGAAAAGGUGAUCCUACAGUUUUAUGGAGGAAUUUAUAUUUAUUCGUUGGAAUUCCAGCUACUUUGUUAGGUUUGUUAAAUUGCUAUCUAAGCGAGCAAGAACACGUUAAACAAGAAUUUAUUCCAUAUGAACAUUUAAGAAUAAGGAACAAGCGAUUUCCAUGGGGAGAUGGACAACGAUCUUUAUUUCAUAAUCCACAUACCAAUGCUUUACCAACAGGCUACGAAGAUGAAUAAGCAAAUGUAAUUAAACGUUAAUUAGUAUUAUUAAAAUUUAGUUUCUUUAUCGAAACGUUAUAUCCAUGAUAGUAGGAAGAGUUUCAAUAAAUUUAUAAAUUUCUCUCUUA